AUCGAUGUUUCUAACUCUCUAUCCCUCUCCCUUCCUCUCUGUAAAAAAUCAAUAAAAUAUAUAUAUAUAAUAAAAAAAAAAAGAGUUAAAUAGGCCUCGCACCCCAGCCUCCUGGCUUUGGAGGUGGUGUCCUUCCUCUUCCUUUUCUCAACUCUUCCAAUCUUGGCAUCACAGGGUUGAACGGCGGGGACCGGAAGUGUGCCUUGCACCAGCGGGUCCCCGGGGAAUCGACACCGGAAGUGGCAACUGCUGGGGAAAGAUUCGGCCGGCUCCGCGAUGGCGGCUAUUCCCCCACACCCCCACCCCCGACUCCUGGCAGCCGCCCAACGUCUACUUGGAGACCAGCAUGGGGACCAUCGUGCUGGAGCUGUACUGGAAGCAUGCUCCAAAGACCUGCAAGAACUUUGCUGAGUUGGCUCGUCGAGGUUACUACAAUGGCACCAAAUUCCACAGAAUCAUCACAGCCUUCAUGGUCCAGGGAGGUGACCCAACAGGUCGAGGUGGUGCAUCUAUCUAUGGCAAGCAUUUUGAAGAUGAGUUUCAUCCAGACUUGAAAUUCACGGGGGCUAGAAUUCUUGCAAUGGCCAAUGCAGGGCCAGACACCAACGGUGGCCAGUUCUUUGUGACCCUAGCUCCCACCCAGUGGCUUGAUGGCAAACACACCAUAUUUGGCCGCGUGUGCCAGGGUAUAGGAAUGGUGAAUCGAGUAGGAAUGGUGGAAACAAACUCCUAGGACCGCCCUGUGGACGAUGUGAAGAUCAUCAAGGCAUAACCUUCUGGGUAGUCUUGCUGCUCGCCAGGUCUUCUGAAAUGGCCAAGUGAACGAGUUUCCAGGUGACCUAGGUGACACACUCUGAACUUUAUUUUGGCCUUG